AUGGCAGACAGAACCCACGUCAUGGAGCAGAUCACGUGGUCACCAAAGGAGGAUGUUUUUCUCAGCAUCAAUGAUUUUGGGGGGCAUGAAGUUUAUAAAGUUGCACAUAACUUCUUCGUCACCAAAGAAGCAAUCACACUGAUAGUGUUCAACCUUCAGGCAGGGUCUUGUACAUACAAAGAAGCAGUCGGAAGCUGGAUAGCUAACGUUUACAGCAGAGCACCAGAUUCAGCUAUACUUCUUGUGGGUACACAUGCUGAUUGCCUAAACAUAGAAGAAGUAGACACAAUCACGCGGGAGCUUUUAUCUGCCGUAAGUUCCCACUUAAGUGAUAUGGCAUCCGAUUUUAGAACAAGACUUGAGAAAUUAGAAAAGAGAAACAAAAGCAAAGAAUCAGGUCGAGAGGCAUACAAAGGCAAGGUGGCUCGAAUUAAGAGUCUAAUUCAGACACCACCACGUGUUGCCAAACAUGUAUUUGUCAUCAGUUCGAAAACUACCAGUGGAAUAGCUGAGCUUGAGGAAACGCUUAUAAGAAAAGCGAGAGAAAAGAAUUACAUAUUGCCAGAGUCUUGGCUGCAGAAGGUGGAGCACAUAGAGACAGCAAAGAACAUUGAACAAGAUCCUUACCUAACACUGGAUUCUCUUACCAACAUGGCAGAGUUGAUACCAUCGCAAAUGCAGGAAAGUGAUGAUGUUCAAAGAAUUGAAGACGUGCUGAGUUUCUUGCAUGCUGUUCUUUGGUUCAGAGAUAAGCCAUUGUUAAAGACCUUCAUAUUCCACAGACAGGAUGUUUUCAUUGAUAUCUUGAAGGUAGUUCUUCGUCAUGAUAUUGAUUCCAUACUUAAAUAUGAAACCGACCCUUUCAACAAAGAGUUCACCAAGGCGAAAUUUGACUAUGCCAAGAAGGAUGUGCUGCAAAGAGGUAUCAUCAGUAGAACCAUGUUGGAAUGUUUGUGGCGGAGAUUCAACUUGGGAAAACAGGGUUAUGACGCCAUGUUAGAGUUGCUUGAAAAUUUCGAGGUUUGUUACGUUGUAAAAGAAGCUGAUGAAGAUAGGUACCAUUUCCCAUGGCUUUUAAAAGACGCUCAACCUGAAGACAUUUAUUCCAAUUGGCCCAUUGUUCCAUCCAGAGAUGAGUCACAUAUUUCCACUGAAGUUCAUUUUCCAGUCACUUGUCCCACUGGACUGUAUGAAAUGGCGGCGGUGCAUCUCCAUGGCUACUUGGGGCAGUUCAAGGCAUCAAGACGAGACUGGAAAGAUGGUUUCUAUGCAAAGCUUGACAACCAGUGUCACCUUUGUUUGGAAAGAAAGGUUUCUGAUGCAUCACCCAAUGGAGUUAUUCGACUUUCCAUACGUGGAGAUGAUCCCAUCCAAGUGAAGAAACACAGCCUGACGAUAUUUGAAGAUCUUCUAUCCCUGACAGAAAAAGAAUGUCCCGGAUCUCCUUGGGAUGAAUUCCUGGUGUGUCCACACUGUGUGCACGAAGACAACAAUCCACCGACGCUGUUUGACACCCCUCUAUAUCUCCUGAGUGUUCCCCUUGAGGCACCAGUUCCUUACCACCCGUGUCCAGAGGAAGAACCAGAGUUUAUGGCUUCUGCAGACUUCUACUAUCCGGUGACUGCCGGCGAAAUGACAGCUUUGCACUGCGUGUCCCUAGAAAAACGUGCUCCCCUGAUUUUGAAGAACAUCCGCAGGUUUGGCUGCCUUCUUAAGAUACUCAGUCGACUCCACAGAUGUGGGAUUUUUACAGAGGAUGAAAUCACAGCAAUCCAGGAACCGGAUCAAGGGAACAGACUUCAGAGUUACUUGAAGGGAAAAAACGAUUUUGCUUUCUACCAGUUCUGUGGUGCUCUCCAUGAUAACGGGCAUGCGCAGACAGCUCGGCUUCUGAGGUUGCCCGACUUGGCCAUGGAGCUUCCAGAAGAUGCACUCAGUGGGAUAUUGCAUAGGCUUGUGGAGCAAAAUGUGAUAACACACCAGAACAUGAAACACGUGUGGCGGGAACCGAUGAAGAUGCAGAAAGUAUCGACACUGCUGAGGAAAUUACGGGAGGGCAAGCGUGACUACGAGGCAGAACGUGGCUUCAAGGAAUUAAGGGCCGCCAUAUAUGACGAGGAAAGUGAGCUGCUGUCUUCGCCAAAGUCUCAUGAACAUGACAUCACAGUCAACUACGGCGCCAACAUAACACUUCAGGUAGACUGA